AUGGCGAAUCACAGAGAUUUUGAAGUCAUCAGAAGACAUGCAGUGGAUGUGACUCUAGACCCUGAUACUGCACAUCCCUCCCUCAUCCUGUCUGAGGACAUUAAACAAGUGAGCUUGGGAGACACAAAACAGGAUCUCCCUGACAACCCAAAAAGGUUUAAUCAGGUACCUUAUGUCCUGGGUAGGGAGUGCUUCUCAUUAGGGAAAUUCUACUUUGAGGUUAAAGUGAUGGGCAAAAACAGAUGGACUUUAGGAGUGGCCAGAGAUUCCAUCAACAGGAAGGGGGAGAUUACAGAGAGACCUAAGGAUGGAUACUGGAAUGUGGGGCUGAGGUAUGGGACUUAUAAGGCUCUCAAUGUUCACCCUGUCACCCUUCCCAUUAUAGAGAAGCCCCAUAAGGUGGGGGUGUUUGUGGAUUAUGAGGAGGGACAGGUCUCCUUCUUCAAUGUGGACGCCAGGUGUCAUAUCUACUCGUUCACUGACCAAGCCUUCAGUGGGAAACUCUAUCCAAUCUUCAGCCCUGGUUUUAUUUAUGAUUCUGAAAACUCAGCUCCACUGGUAAUCUGUCCUGUAGAUUGUAGUUUCUCACAUCCAGGUCUGUAG